UCACGUGCAAAACUUACAUAACACAGGUACCACAAACGUCUUGAUUUCAAUACAUUUUAAAAAAAUGGCUGGCAUUGCACCGCAAGCUUGCAGAAAUGCCUUUCGACAAGUUCGAGGAAUCCACAUCUCUGCAAGUCAAAAUGCUGAAGCCAGAUUAAAAACUUUUGCUGUGUAUCGUUGGAAUCCAGAUAAGCCUGAUGAAAAGCCAUCUAUGCAAGAAUAUAAAGUGGAUCUAAAUACUUGUGGUCCUAUGGUUUUGGAUGCAUUAAUAAAAAUCAAAAAUGAAAUAGAUCCAACAUUAACUUUUCGUCGAUCUUGCCGUGAAGGCAUUUGUGGUUCUUGUGCUAUGAAUAUUGGUGGCACAAAUACAUUAGCAUGUAUAAGCAAAAUUGAUACUAACUUAAGCACAACUAGUAAGAUUUACCCUCUACCACAUAUGUAUAUAGUGAAAGACUUAGUCCCAGAUUUGAAUAACUUUUAUAAUCAAUAUAAAAGUAUACAACCCUGGUUGCAACGUGGGGAUGGCAAGGAAGCUGGUACACAGCAAUAUUUGCAAAGUGUUGAAGACCGUAAAAAAUUGGAUGGUCUCUAUGAAUGCAUCUUAUGUGCUUGCUGCAGUACCUCUUGCCCAUCAUAUUGGUGGAAUGGUGAUAAGUACUUAGGACCUGCUGUACUUAUGCAGGCUUACAGAUGGAUCAUUGAUUCGCGUGAUAAUAAAGCAACAGAACGUCUUGAAAAAUUGCGGGAUCCAUAUUCAGUAUAUCGUUGUCACACUAUUAUGAAUUGUACUCGUACAUGUCCAAAGGGCUUGAAUCCUGGUAGAGCAAUUGCAGAAAUAAAGAAAUUGUUAGCUAAUAUCAGUCAGAAAGAAAAACCAGGCCUUGAUGUUGCUGCAUAAUGAAAUAGAAAAUGCAGAAGAGGAAAUUAGUUAGUCACGUGUACUUCUUAUUUACUAUGAUUAAAUAUAAUCUUACGUUUGAUUAAAUGAUAAUGUAUAAACAAUUUAUUUA